GAUAGAUACUGAACUACGAUAUGUUAUGAUGACGUCAUUGUAGCCACUGUCGGAUAGAUCAGGAGGACAUAACAGAAGCAGCACUGAAGAUCAGGGUGUUUGUUCGGAUCUGCGCCAUCAACUGAACGGACUGAAGAGGCUUCGACCAUCAUUAUGGCUUGUCUGGAAGGGUUUUUAUCACUUGUAGUUUUAUUUGGCUUUGUGACCGCCGGCCUGAACAGAAGACCAGCACCUGUUUUCUUGGAAAAGUGGGAAGCAAGUAACAUCAUUUCCCGUCAGAAGAGAGGAAACCUAGGCGAUGAAGAGACUAAACUCCCUCCCAACCUAGAGAGAGAGUGUUUAGAGGAGGUUUGCGACUAUGAAGAAGCAAGAGAAGUCUUCCAGGAUAAUUAUCGUACCGAUAUCUUCUGGUCUGUCUACAUCGAUGGUGACCAGUGUGCUGAACAGCCAUGCAAAAAUGGAGCCAUGUGUUCAGAUAGUGUGGGGGGAUAUGACUGCAUUUGUAAAUCCGGCUUCACAGGAACCCACUGUGAGACAGAUCAGACGGUGUGUUUCAUUGAUAAGAGUAAAGGCUGCAGUCAGUUCUGUAAGCCGGGCUAUCAGUCGUACGAGUGCUCAUGUGCACACGGCUGGAAACUACAGCAGAGAGAGAAAUGUGUGCCAGCCGUGGUGUUCCCAUGUGGGAAAGUGAGCAGUUUGAGCCAAUGGGACCGACGGCAGACAACUAACAUACAGUCUGACUAUGAAGGGCUCACCUGUGGCUCAGAGGACUGUCCUUGGCAGGCAUUGCUGCGUCAUGGAUCAAAUGGCUUCUGCAGUGCUGUCAUCUUAAAAGAGAAUAUGGUUCUUACUACAGCCCAGUGUGUCAGGAAGCAAAGUGACUUUCAGGUGGCUGUGGGUAAAAAGAUGACGUCUUUUGAAGCAGGAGAGCAAAUACUUAAUGUUAAGCAGGUACACAUACAUCCGCUCUACACUGAUGGAAACCCUGAGAAUGAUCUGGCUGUGCUGGAACUGCAGGACAGGAUUGUCCUCAAGAAGAGCGUGGUGCCUGUGUGCCUGCCUGAGAGGGACUUUGCUGACAGCGUGCUCAUGGCGGGCGACUACAUGGGUGUGGUCACCGGCUGGAAGGAAGUUGCAGGUGCAACAGAGUUUCAAGGAAACCUCAUGUUAAACCAUCUGUCCUAUGAGAAACUGCCAGUUUGCUCACAACGUCACUCUGGUCAGGUCACCAACAAAAUGGCCUGUACUAUGCCACGAGCUAAAGCAGACUGUGUGUUUGGAGCUGGCAGCCCUUUGCUCACCCUGUACAGAGACGUGUUCUUCCUCACUGGGAUAGUGAGCCAGCCUUCAGGAAUGGACUGCAAGAAUGGUUACGUCUUACAGAAAGUGUCUCGCUUUUUGCCAUGGUUAAACUCUUUUAUGCACCCCUGAUGAAAGAGGAAACACUGAAUUUUCAUUGUAUCUGCUCACUCUUUACCAGUGUAACACCAUAUACUUCAACACUUCUAUUUUAGUUGUUAUUGCUCUUGUUGUUGUUAUUUUAGGUCUUAUGGCUUUGUGUGUAGAUUAGAAACAUUAUUAGAAAAAAAAAUUUGAUACUAAAAUAUAGAAACAAGAUUUUCAAUAUUAGAAAAAGAUCUGAUCAGAGUUUUGGUGAAGGUCUUGAUUGAGCUUCUCCUUCGGCAUAUUAACAGCCUGACUUAGGUGGUUUUCAUACUGAACACAUUUGCUGUGAAUCUGAGUGCGAUUGUUUCCGAUGCCCCCUGCUGCAUUGGUCUGAUUUCAGACCCUUUUUAUUCUGUCUUUAUUCUGUGCUUUUCCGUCUCAACUUGCAUCAUAAGAAACAUGUACAUGAUGAGGAAUACAACCCAGGUCGCUAUAUUUGUGUUUUUUUUUUGUUUUGUUUUUUUGUGCUGUCGAAGUUAAUGCUUUAAUAACACGUUAAUGCAAAAUUAAUUUAACGGCACACAUUUUUUAACGCUGUUAACGCGUAAUAUGACCCUUUGAAUAAACCGUAAUUCAUGAGAAGCGAGUCAAUUCACGCAAACAGCGCUCACAUGCAUUGCCAUCGGGAAAACAGAUGGUGGGAGACAUUAUGUUGAGACCUGUGGCAAGCAUUUUUAUCAAUGUAGCACAGCAGUAGAACAUGCCUGCAAAGCGCAAAUAGAGCUCCUAACAUUGUAACAUCAUUGCAGUGGCAAGACAGCUGCCAUUUGAACACUUGCCUUGCACUGCGAGGCGCGGUGCGAGCGCAAAGUGAAAGUGCAGCACGAGGCGAUGUCUGUGUUCCGCGACUGCUACGGGGUACUUGAAUAACAUAUAACGUGCAAGUUAGGGAGCCGGUGGAGCUUUUGGUGCCCCCCUAGGGAGUUGGUGCCCUACGCAGACUGUGUAAUAUGCGUAUAGGGAGCGGCUGAUUACCGGCUAAUGGAAACCCUGCUGCUGUCUCCAAGGUUCUGUCACAGUGUCUCUGUUUGAUAGUGCACUAGUCAGUGUAGAAGUUGGAGACAUUGCUGGAACCCUGCAGGUAAUCUACACUGUCAUUAAUCCAUUUAAUCCCACUGGUUACAAUUGUGACUGGGGUCUAAAAGGAGUUUUUGAUGUAUUUUGCACAGAGUUGUCAAUUGUAAAUGACAGUGCAGACUGUCAUUUACAUCUGUCAAAUCUCCAUAAAAAAAGCAAAUAAAUCCUGUCAUAAUACACUUACAACUACCAUAUUUUGUUUUGUGCCAUGUUUUGUGUGGAUGACUGAAAAAUACAUCUGGAUGAAGCAUAUUUUGUCCACUCAUUUUUAUAAAGAUAUUUUGAUUAAUCACGAUUAACUACAAAAAAAAAAAAAAGAAGAAGAAAAAAGAAAUGCGAUUAAUCACGAUUAAAUAUUUUAAUCAUUUGACAGCCCUGGUUUUUUUAUUAAGUUGGUGUCAUUAUACACACCAGAUUGAAUGACACUUGAGCCCCUGUGUGUCGCAUGCCAUAAUUCAGCAGAUAUGCUUGUCCAAGAGAAGGCGACAAUAUAUAAUGCUUGCAAAUUGUCUUUUUUGAGGAGAAAGAUGGGUGCGAGCAGUAUUUACAGUGCGCCAGUGUGAAAUCCCCCUUAAAGUCAAUAUGAAAAGGAAUUUGCAUGCCAUUUUACAUAUGUUAUGUUGAUUUUCUCCAUGGGAAAUUGAUUGGAUGGAGCCAGAUUAAUAGUAAUGUACUAAUGAAAUGCAUAAGACCAGGAAUGUGUAUUAAGAAAUUAAAUAGGGUCCAUUUUGUUUUCAUGUUGCCUUUAACCAAAUCUGAAAUUAGGCUACCUGCAGAAGUAACAACAGUAAUAGUACAGUGUAAUUAGUACAAAAAAUGAAAACAAUUCCAUAACAAUCUUCCUGUUCUAACAGCAGUUUCUGUAUUGUAGGAUUGGUGUAAUGCCUCAAGGUGAUGUUUGUUGGUAUUACAAAUUGCAUCCGCACAUAAUAAUGCUACAUUAUGGCCAGCCGAAGAGCUAACACUCAUACAUAAACAUAAAACACAGUAUUGUAAUUUUCUUCAAAUUUAUGUGUAUGUAAACUGAAUACUAAUAUUUGGCUGAAUACUAAUAUAGGUUUACAAUCAGUACACUGUUUCCGUUUCUAACACUUGAUAAAAUCCUGUUUGCUCUAUUAAAUAUGAUGGGUCUACUGAAA